ACUAGCGCUGGUUUCCCCGAACGUCAUUCUAAUCGGUCCAUACCCAACAACCCUCCGCAUCUGUUUGUCCCCUUGGGGGAAGUACCAAGUCUUAGCCUUACAACCCAUCCGCUCAGCGUUCUCUUUUUCGUAUUAUGAUACCCACCCGAUGACACCUGCGAUCUUUAAAUGAGCCCCGGUCGGCUCCUUCUCCCACCAAAAUGGCUUACUUCCUGCCCUCGUUCUUUCAGAAGCGGUUACUCAGAUAUGCCUUGUCUCGCCUGGAGCUUGUCGAUACGGAAGCACUAGAUCUUGAUAGCCUAGGCAUCCGCUGGGGACAACGUAGUACCGUUGAACUGCGGGAUAUAGGCUUGAGGCUCGAGAAAUUAGCCACACUCCUGCACCUCCCUCCGUCAAGCGAGCUGCUCAGUGCCCGUGUUCAGUUCCUAAAGCUCACGGUUCCUGCCGAUAUCUACAGCAGCGGUAUAAUAUGUGAAGCUAGCGGAAUCGACGUGCAUUUAAGGUUACCGUUGGAGGAGACUCGUCGUGCUGAAACGCACGAUGCAACAACGGACCAGAAGGUCUCAGGGCGAGUUGGCCCUGGCUCUGGGGAUGAACCAAUCCUCCCCAACCCGACUGAUCUCGCCGAGUCGUUCCUUCAGGCCGAGCCGAAAGAAGAAAGGGAAGAACUUCAGGCUGCUAUCUCCUCGCAGUCCCAGGUCCUGCAGCAUACAUCGACCUCUUCGAGCGAUGAUGAAGAGGAGCUCGGCCUAGGGAACGAAACCGUAUCGUUACCCAGUUUUGUCGCUGCAUUCCUAAAGGGGGUGGUGGAUCGACUCCAGGUCCAAGUCGACGACAUCUCUAUACGCGUGGAUGUCGAGACCAAGCAAGAGGGCUCCUCGAAAAGGCAUCCGGAGGAAAAACCGGACUUAAUAACGGGGCUUUUAAGUGUGCGCCAGGUUAGCAUGGGUGCAGUGUCCACUCAUUCCGAAUCAGGCGAAGCCUCAUCGUCCGAGGGGAAACGAUUGGUUUCCCUGUCUGAUAUCAACCUUGCUUUGAUAUCUGAGCCGGUCGUUUUCUCCAACUAUUCUCGCUUCGCCGCUCCUGCCUCACCGUCUACUCCGGUACAGCCAAAGUCGAGCCAGCCUCCAAGUAGGGCCCAGUCGCCUUGUCCGGAGACCUCGUCAGAAUCGAGUUUAGCUUUAGCUAUGACAAGGUCAACCAUUUUCGAACCACCGCAGGACCUUACUAGGCAAGAGUUAGGCGAACAGAAUACGCCAAGAAUGGAAGGAUCUGUUUACACAUAUGACGGUCGUUUUUCUGAUGCGGAUACGGACGAGAAUAGGAGUUAUGGCUCUCUUGAUGAUUCUCGGCAGUUUGAAAAUGAUGAAAAGCUGCUGGACAACCCAGCUUACCUUGAUUCAGUCAUUGAUUAUCAAUUCCAGGAUGAUGACCCUGAGCGCCUCGAUGACAUGCAAACUAGGGGCGUUGAGCUUUUCCCGAGGAGCGGGGAUACUCCUCGUCCACAAAGUCCUGAACAUACAACCGAAUCAUCUGACCAGAACAAUCAUCCUGAGGGUGCCCUGAUUCCCCUCAAUGACCGACAUGAAUUGGAAGUUGCAAGACUCCCGGGCCAUCAGCAUUUUCUAGCAGCUCCUGAGGCUAUAACGGAACCCGGGUCGUCUGGACUAGCCCCAGAAGAGGACUUUCAUCUUGGAUAUAAGCAACAAUUGCCGCUCGUCUGUGCGCCUCGUUCUGAACCCGACAGUUCGGGCUCCGCUUCUGAAUCUCUUAAGGAGGGUGAAUUAUCGGAGUCCAAGCUGUUCUCUAAUGAGGAAGCGCAAAGCAUGUAUAUGAGCGCGAUAAGCCAAGGUUCGACGUCACACAGUUUCAUGCCCAAUAUGCCUGGCGCUUGGGACUCGUCGGAGUCUACUUACGUGAGGGAUACAGGCUUCCACGAAACGCCUACAGCAAUGGAGCAGGACGCGUAUAACGAACAGGAUGAAGCAAUCACAACGCCUAAGCUUACCGCCCGGGAAGAUAUGAACUUGUCACCUGCCCGUUCGAUCGAUAAUCUUCAGAAGACACAGACUGGAACGUCCGAUAGAGAAUCGAUUCAGACCUCACCGGGAUUCAAUAGACUGACGGACGUGGCGAAGAGAUUUGUCAGUGUUGAUAAGGUUCUCAUAUGGAUCCCUUCGGUUGACCAUGAAAAAAUGCCGGGAGAUUCACAAUCAGCACCUCAUCAAGAGAUUUCAAGUGAUGGUCUCAAGGAUUCAACCACAUACUUGCAGGACUCUGUGAUUGAUGAUGAUCUACUAGCUUCUAGAAUUCAUAACUUUCCGGGUCCUGGUAGUGGCGUUAACGAUCCAUCUUCUCCCCACGAAGGUGUUGAUCAUAAAGCUUCAGGCUACGAGGAAAAGGCCGAGCAUGACCCCGGCUUCAGUAGCGAACGUGACGAGGUAAUCGCCGAGAUCUAUUCUGCGGAGGUGCAAUUUGAUAUUGCCAUAGGCUGGCUUGUUAUCAAGAUCGGUCAAAGAAUCGUCAACGCCUUCGGCCACGGCGAUGGAGAGCCUCCGAAGAAAUACAACCCAGAAAGCAAAGCACUAGAACAAGCACAAACAAACAAUUCUUUCGGCUUAAUUCUCAAUAAGUUCUCUGUCAAGUUUGUUGAACAUGUUCCAGGGCAUGCGAACCCCUUCGGUGAAUCUCGACAGCACUCUCCAACAUUCUUCGGGUUAAUGCAUGAGGACAUCGUUUUGCAAACCACGGCUUCUGGUAUGAAAGCCCAUCUCUCAUCAAUUAAUGAUCAAACGAAGCUCCGCCUAGAUAUAACCAAGUUCGCACUAGGGGUCGCCUCAGAGGACCUCAUCUCAUUCAACCAAGACCUUAAAAUGAGGGAAUCCAUGAGGGAUGUUCUAUCACCCAUGCAUGGAGAUAUUUCGCUUUCCAUGAGCAAGUCAUUGGAAUCCGCAAGGAUUCAUGUCACUACACUCCCUCUCCACCUCAACCUCAAUAUACAACGCUUGGAGGAGGUUGUGGGGUGGAUUGGAGGUCUAAGCACGAUACUAGAGCUAGGGAGCUCCAUUUCAUCUGCUUCAGGUGCGAAGGCGCCAAAGAAGGAUCCACCGAAGCGACCGCGUGGGGUACAUUUCGAAGCGCCGCCUUCGCCUGAAAAACUCCCUCAGGAGACCUCUUUGCCGUGGAAAGUGAAUGCACGGGUCGGUGGUGUUGCGCUCAAUAUUGUUGGAGAGUCUCAUUACCUCAAGCUGAGAACGACCGCGGUUAAAGUUGUUAGCAGAUUCGAAGGCGUGGGAGUCCAAAUCGACAAAGCGAAACUUAGUGGACCGUUACCGCUUGAUGAUUCUAAAGACGCGCCUGCUAAAAUCAAUCUGAGCAACAUCCGAGUUGAAUAUCUCUUCGCUCCGAAAGAGGUUGACUUAGACCGUCUGCUGUCGUUGAUCACGCCGUCUAAGGACAAAUACGAUGAAGACGAUGACAUCAUGCUAGAUACGCUUUUCCGACAGCGACGACAAGGCUCUGUCCUUCGUACUACAAUCGCUGGGGCGAAUGUCAUGAUUUCGCGCAUCACUGACUUUGACUCGCUACCACAGCUUGGGGAUGAAUUAAGUAGGCUGUCUAAUGUUGCGAAAUACUUGCCUGAAGACGACCGGCCUGGUCUCUUGACUCUGAAUCUGAUCCGAGAUUUUGAAGCCCAGGUAAACGUUGGAGGUAAAGUUGGGAAUAUAACAGCACGCCUCAAGAAUGCCGAGGUGGCGUAUAUAAGCAUCCCUUCGCUUGUAGCCGCCCAAGUUGGAUCGGCGAUGGUUCUCAGAAACGGAACUGAAGAGCUUUUAGGCGAAGCCCUACCCUUGAGCGCCGAGCAAAGGUCAGGUCAAAUCCCGCACCCUAUGCUCAUGGCCCGUUUCAUUGCCGAUGAAAUGGAACCCACUAUCAAGAUCAAAAUGCAUAACCUACGCGCAGAGUACACAGUUCCAGCAGUGAUUGCCUUUCUCGGUCUCAAUGAAAGUUCGACGACCGGCGAUGUUGCUGCCCAUAUGGCACAGUCCAUAGGUAAUCUGGCGGAGCUACACCCUUCAAAAGAAUCUCAAUCAGCAAUAAAGCCGGGAAGCCCUAAGAGCCCUGUACGACCCACGAGAUUGGCAUUAGCCCUGCGAGACUGCGUCAUUGGUCUCAACCCUCGUGGCUCAGAGGCAAAAGGCCUUGUCGUGCUCACGAACGCGAAUUUCUCGGGAACCAUGGACGAUGAAGCGUCCUCUGAGGCCACACUAGAUCUUCGCAAAGCGUCAAUCAUGAUUAUUGACGAUGUCCGAAAUACGGGGAAGACAGACGAUUUACAUCGAAGAAAUUCGACUGCUCCACCGAGUAGUCAGGUCCAAUCCUUCAUUGACAUGGGCUUUGUUACCGUUUCAUCAAUAUCGUCAGCCACGGCUAGUGUGAAAUUGCUACGCUCGAGCGAAGACGGGACACAGUCGCUAGAUGUGGAACUCAGGGAUGACUUGCUGAUUCUUGAAACAUGUGCCGAUUCAACACAAACUCUCAUCAGCAUAGUGAAUGGGCUGCAGCCUCCUACUCCUCCAAGCGUGACCAAGAAGUAUCGGACUGAGGUUCUUCCACUUCAAGACAUGUUAGCAUCGUUUUCCGGCGAUGCCUUUGCUCUAGAUCCAAGCUCAGGUCUGGAAGUGGUCUCUGGAACAGCUGGCGAUUCCGCUGAAAAUAUCCGGGAUAAAGAGGGUCAUAUCGAGGAUGAGAUCGAGUACGUAAGUGACUUUCAUCCAGUGAAGCCAACAUCUGGAGCCGGAUCUCUGCACGAGGCUAUGACGACCUCAGGAUCAAAUGAGCUCCUUGAUAGUUUUCACUCUCAGUACUAUGUAUCAUCCAGUAUUUCCGACCUCGAAUUUCGUGAUGAUCAUUUUGCAACACAGUCAGCUGUUGGGGGUACAGCGCACAGGUGGGAUUCUACCGAAAACACUUAUGGCCUUUCGGACGACACGAAGCUUCAGAAGAGCCCUCUACGAAUCAGGGUCCGUGAUGCUCAUGUCAUCUGGAACCUAUUCGAUGGCUAUGACUGGCAGCGGACAAGAGACACUAUAUCCAAGGCGGUCAAAGACGUGGAGAAAAAGGCUACGGACCGGCGAGCAAGGGCGAAUAGAGCCUCCCCAAGCUUCGACGAGGACGAGGAGUCAGUCAUCGGCGACUGUCUGUUUAACUCAAUAUAUAUAGGUAUUCCCGCUAACAAGGAUCCGCGAGAGCUUCGCAGCGAUAUCAACCGCAACAUUGAUGAUCUUGUCAGUGAGACCGGCAGCUAUGCAACUACAACCACAGUCACUGGGGCUACGGUACGACAAAGCCAGUCGCCUUCUUUUAGAAAGAAGCUGCGGCUAUCCAGGAGCAAAUAUCAUAAAAUGACAUUUGAGCUUAAAGGCAUAUGCGCAGAUCUUGUCGUCUUCCCACCGGACUCCGGUGAGACGCAAAGCUCUUUGGAUGUUCGAGUCAAUGACUUGGAGAUAUUCGAUCAUGUGCCUACGUCAACCUGGAAGAAAUUUGCAACCUACAUGCAUGAAGUGGGUGAGAAAGAAAGUGGAACCAGUAUGGUGCACUUGGAGAUCUUGACCGUCAGGCCUGUGCCUGAGCUCGCUGCAUCCGAGAUUGUCUUAAAGGCCACUCUUCUGCCCCUAAGGCUUCAUGUUGACCAAGACGCUCUCGACUUUCUGUGCCGUUUUUUCGAAUUUCGCGAUGACUCUGCGCCUGCCCCUAGCGCCCCGCAAGACAUACCAUUCUUACAGAGAGUUGAGAUAAACGCGGUUCCCGUCAAGCUCGAUUUCAAACCCAAGCGAGUCGAUUAUACCGGGCUUCGGUCUGGACGCACGACCGAGUUUAUGAAUUUCUUCGUUCUCGACGGGGCAGAUAUGGUCAUGCGUCAUGUCAUCAUCUAUGGAGUAUCUGGGUUUGACAAGCUUGGCCAGACCUUGAAUGACAUAUGGAUGCCAGAUAUAAAGAGAAACCAACUACCGGGGGUCCUCGCCGGUCUAGCGCCGAUCAGGUCCCUAGUCAACGUGGGAGGAGGAGUGAAGGAUCUCGUGGUCGUUCCCAUGCGCGAAUAUCGCAAGGACGGUCGCAUCGUACGGAGUAUACAGAAGGGGGCACUUGCCUUCGCCAAGACUACAUCCAACGAGCUCGUCAAGCUUGGUGCCAAACUAGCCAUUGGUACCCAAACCGUCCUACAGGGCGCAGAAGACCUAUUGACAUCCCCCAAUACACAGUUGGCUAGCGCGGAAGAUGAUGUAGUUGAUGAGGAGGAGGCGAAGAAAAUCUCACUUUAUGCGGACCAGCCAGUUGGUGUCGUUCAAGGCCUUCGGGGAGCAUUCAGGGGAUUAGAACGCGAUUUGCUUCUGACCCGAGAUGCCAUUGUUGCUGUGCCUGGAGAAGUCGUAGAGAGCGGAAGUGCCAAAGCAGCUGCAAAAGCUGUGUGGAAACGUGCACCAACGGUUAUUCUCCGUCCUGCGAUCGGGGUGUCCAAGGCCGUGGGACAAACGCUUCUGGGAGCCGGAAACACUCUGGAUCCCAGCAAUAGGCGGAAGAUGGAAGAUAAAUAUAAACGUCAUUAGAGAUUAAUUUGUUUUUUCUUUUCGAUUCCAAUAUUUCGGCUCAUGACAGAUUGAUCCCUGGUGGGUUCGAUUUCACGGUUGCUGAUACGGAUGGCCAAUUUUCUUCGAUUCAAUCCUUCAUUGCUACAUUGUUUACACUGGAUGGGUUACUCACCGUAACCGUACAUAACCGAGCAGACGGAUAAACAGGCAGGUACCUGAGAUCGAGUUAGCCACCCGGCCAUUUGCGUAUUGGCUCAUGAUGAUGAUAUAACGAUGCUAUCUUGAUUUCCAUUGUUACCCCUGAUACACUUUUUUCUUA